AUGGUGAAGGCCAACAAGAAAGCCUCACCGCCCAUGGCUCGUGCAGUGGCUUGCAAGAAGGAGGUAACGGAUGAAGGCUUGGAGAGUGAACUGCAGGGUUGCUGGGGCUAUGUUUGGGUAGCAAACCUUCUGGAGCAGCUGAAGAAGAUCGAUGAUCAGCUGAAUGCUCAGCUCCAGAGGAAGCGAGUGAAGGAUGAAGGCUUGGAGCAGGAAGACCCGGAGGAGGACGAGGAGAACGGUGACGAGGAGGACGAGGGCGAGUUGAACAGUGGCAAGUACGGCACCGUCUACGAUCCCAAGACCGGCAAGGUUCUUUCCGAAGCAGCCAUCGAGCAACGUGUUCGCAGGGCCUGCAAUGAUGGUAGAAAAAAGAAGGCGACCGGGGGCCCGAAGGCAGUGGAGAUGUACAAGGACAUCGACAGUCGGGAAGAGUUGGCGAGAAUGCUCAUCGCUGCUACUUUCAAGAAAACUAUCACCAAGUAUUCGGAGAAGAAGCACACGAAGAAGACUGACACCAUUGCUGGUUGGUACACCGAGCGAGCCAUGUCUGUGCAGUUGGAGGAAAUCAAGGAGAUUGUCGACUACACCAGCACCCGGCCCGCUCUGAGGAGGAAGUACAAGUACAAUCCGAAGAAGCUCCAGCAUUGGGUAGACAAAGAGUCUGUCGGUCUCGACUCUCACGAGACGACCAAGGGCACAAGAACGGAGGUGAGCACCAACGCAAAAGAGCUUUCCGCCGAAGCUCACGGUGAGGUUUCGGAUAUGGAGGAGGAGCAAGGGUGCGACGGUGACCUUGCGGAUCGACCCAACCACCAGGAGGACAUCUCCGAAAGGGUCGAGAAAGCGAUGAGCGAAACUCUGCCCGCCAUGGCCAGGAUGCACGAACUUGCCGAGAAAUUCCGACAGCCCUACAACCCGGACCCCAAGCCCACUCACGCAAAGCAUGCAGAGGAGCUGGAACGCAUCGCCACCGGCAUGGAGGGCAUAUACGAUUCAUUAUCCGAGCUUCUGGCUCAGGGCAAUGCGAAUGGUUAUUCCGCAACUGGGGAGAGCAUCUGGACCGAUGCAAAAUCACGCCUGGAUGAGCCGCUGCAGCGAAGCGGAUAUGCCUUGCAAGUGGACAUAGACACAAUUCCUGUUACUACAAGAAAUGGCACUCUAAAGAUUCCGUGGUUGGAUCCAUACAAAAUGGUAUCUUGCCUGGGCCGUAAUAACCAGCUUCACCAUUUGCAUGGAAAUAACAACUUGUUGGAGUGGUGGCGGCGGUUUGCCAAAGUUGAGCCUGGGCAUCGAAUUUUCGCAGCUGCUGCCCGUGGAGAGGUUUCUUUACAAAGAGCGAUACCGUUCUUUUCUCAUGGAGAUGAAGGCAGGGGGAAGAAGAAGAAGGGCAUUUUGAUUUGGUCACUUCGAGGAUGUGUUGGUUUCGGGACACGACAGUUCCAGCAACAGCAUUCCGAGGUUGAGCAGGCCAAUCGAAUGGGCCUCAAUAUGUCUGGUAGCAUGUCCUCCAGGUUUCUUCAUGUUGCAGUUCCCAAGUCUGUAUACGGAAAGAAAGCCGAAACAGUGUGGGAUGAGAUUGGCAUCAACAUCGCUACAUCGUACAUGCGACUUGAGAAAGAGGGUUUUGUGGCUGGAGACGGCAAACACUAUCAUGCUGUUUGUAUGGGCCUUACUGGAGAUAAUCCGUUUUUAGCCAAGAUUGGCCACCUGGAGCGAUCAUUCACCAGGGUUGCCAAGAAAAGCGGGGAGGAUGUUUGCCAGGGAAUUUGCUGGAGAUGUUUAGCUGGAACUCCAAAUAUUCCUUUUGAAAAUCUGAAUACGAAUCCGGAGUGGAGCCUUACACUGGACGAAUCAUUGCCGUGGUUUCAACUGCCAGCUUUCUUGCAAGGGCUUGGCUUUUCACAGGACGACAUGAGAGCUCCUCGAUUUCUGGAAUUUGACAUCUGGCACAACUUUCACGGAGGAACAGGGAAACAUAUUGCAGCCUCGACAGUGGCCGAAAUACUGCCCAAUCUGGAUUUGGGAUCUAUUGACUUCAAGUUUAGCAUUCUCGAGGAAGCCUAUGAAAAUUGGCGAAAGAAGUCAAAACUGUCAUUGCAUAUUGGCCACUUUGACCGCGAACUGUUCGGAAUGGAGCAAGGCUACCAAGUUCUUCCGGUUGGAUGCUGGAGCAAGUUCUCCGACACUCGGGUAUUGUUGUGUUUCCUCGAAGAUUUCUUGCGAGAUCGGGCUUUGUAUGUUCCAACGGAGAUUACAGAGGAAGCUCUUACUUGCAUCGCUGCCGCAAAUCGUGCUUUUAGGCUGGCCUUCCAAGGUGGCUACUGGCUUCCUUCUGAUGAAGCGACGACCAUUGGUGUGUGUGGUCUCCGGUGCCUACAGUCGUAUUCCAAGCUUGCAUUUUUAACACUGCAGCAGUCCAGAGCAAGAUACCCACUCAUGCCGAAGAGCCACUAUCUACACCAUUGUUGGCGAGAGUUAACCGUUGCAGCGAAGAAAUUUUCUUUUGUGCGAAGCCCAUUAGCUACUUCCGUACAAAUCGAUGAGGACUUUGUCGGGCACACGUCCCGACUCAGCAGACGAGUGGGGAGUCAGCUGAUAAUGCUGAGGACUUUGCAGAGAUACCUAGUGUCAGUGCAUUUGGCCCUCAGUUGA